CAAGUCUGUUCAUCAUCUCCAACCUAAAUAAACCUCAAAUAUCGGUCAUCUCCUUCCGCUGGGCGCCUAUAUUCCGGUAGCAUCGCAACUGCAACUGCAACUGGUGCUUGUUCUGUAGGUGGGAUCCUCGACCUCACCAUUCAUGUUGGAGUCUAGACUCACUGCUGGUCUCUUCUCUUCUCUCAAGGCUGGCCCUCGCCAUUCACUUGGUAUCAGACGAUUCCGCUUCAUCUACACAACCUCCGCGUGCUCAAGAAAACUCUCCACACCCGCCCUCAACCUCCAUCGUCACCUUGCAGGACCUAGAAGACUGCCCCUCCCCCGACCUGCUACAUACCCCUCCAACCUUCAGUUGCGUUCCUGUUCCGCAGAAGCUCGAUCAGCCAUGGCUCCUCCCACAGAUCGAGACAUCCUUCCUGACACCAUCAAACCCACUCACUAUGACCUGUCGUUGUUCAAUCUAGAAUUUGGCGGAGAAUGGUCAUUUGAUGGCCUGGUGAAGAUUCACUCCAAGAUCAAGUCAGACACGAAAGAGCUGGUCAUCAACGUCAAGGAGCUCCAAAUAAGCAGCGUUGAGGUAUAUGGAAAAGAUGGCUCUGCCGCAGUCACCUCUUCGACCGAUGUGUCUUAUGACAAAAAGGACGAGAGGGCAACAAUCAGUUUCCCCCAGAGCAUACCAGCCGGAGAUGCUAUUAUUGCGAUCCAGUAUAAAGGAACCAUCAAUAACGCCAUGGCUGGCUUCUAUCGAUCCAAAUACAAGCCCACCGUCCCUCCUGCGCAAGGUACCCCAACUGACGGGGAAUUCCAUUACAUGUUCUCCACUCAAUUCGAGGCUUGCGAGGCGAGAAGAGCCUUUCCUUCCUUUGACGAGCCCAACCUCAAAGCCACAUUCGAAUUUGAGGUCGAAAUCCCCGAAGACUUGGUCGCAUUGUCCAAUACUCCUGAAAAGGCUACGACAAAAGGUUCGAAACCAGGCUUGAAAAAGGUUUCUUUCGAGAAGACCCCGCCCAUGAGCACCUAUCUCGCAGCUUGGGCUAUUGGAGACUUCGAAUACGUCGAGGCAUUCACUGAGCGCAAAUACAACGGCAAACCUCUGCCAGUCCGAGUCUACACAACGCGUGGUCUCAAAGAGCAAGGUCGUUUCGCCCUUGAACAUGCCCACAAGACCAUCGACUACUUCUCCGACAUUUUUGGAAUCGAGUAUCCCCUACCCAAGUCCGAUCUACUUGCUGUUCAUGAAUUCGCCAUGGGAGCAAUGGAAAAUUGGGGUCUUGUCACCUAUCGCACAACCGCCGUCCUCUACGAUGAAGAAAAAUCCGAUGCAAGAUUCCAAAACCGUGUUGCUUACGUUGUUGCCCAUGAAUUGGCUCAUCAAUGGUUUGGCAACCUGGUCACCAUGGACUGGUGGAAUGAAUUGUGGUUGAAUGAAGGUUUCGCCACUUGGGUCGGUUGGCUGGCCAUUGAUCACCUACACCCCGAAUGGAAUGUCUGGAGUCAGUUUGUGGCUGAAGGCGUUCAAUCAGCUCUUCAACUCGAUUCCUUACGUGCCUCUCACGCCAUCGAGGUUCCCGUUCGAAACGCCCUUGAAGUCGAUCAGAUCUUCGACCAGAUUUCCUACCUGAAGGGCAGUUCCGUCAUUCGAAUGCUGAGCAAUCAUCUUGGCCAGGACGUCUUCCUCAAAGGUGUCAGCGACUAUCUCAAGGCCCAUGCCUACGGAAAUGCCAAAACCAAGGACUUGUGGGCUGCACUUUCUGUUGCCUCUGGUCAAGACGUGCUCGCCUUCAUGGAUCCCUGGAUCCGGAAGAUUGGCUUCCCGGUGGUGACUGUGGCUGAAGAGCCCGGUCAGAUCUCUCUGCGACAAGAGAGAUUCCUGAGCACAGGAGACGUGAAAACAGAAGAAGACGAAACAACUUGGUGGAUUCCCGUGGGCCUCAAAACUGGCUCGCCAUUCAAGGUGCUUCACAGUGCUUUGACCGCUAAGGAAGAUACUAUUCGUGAUGUGGAUGAUUCCUUUUACAAGAUCAAUGCCGACUUUUCGGGCUUCUAUCGUACCAACUACCCCCCGCAAAGGCUGGCAAAGCUAGGUGAAGCUCAAUCUCAGCUCUCAAUCGAGGACAAGAUUGGUCUGCUCGGAGAUGCUACGGCCUUGGCUGUAUCUGGACAUGGUACCACCGCAGCACUCCUCGCAUUGCUCGAGGGAUUCCAGGAAGAAGAAUCUUUCCUGGUAUGGUCCGCCAUUUCAAGCUCCCUCGCUAAAGUCCGCGCAGUCUUUGCCUCGAACAAGGAGAUUGCGGCAGGAUUGAAGAACUUUUCCCUAAAGCUGAUUUCGCCCCGAGCAGAGGCUAUUGGCUGGGAAUAUCCCAAAAAUGAGGAUUGGUUGACUGGGCAGUCCAGAAAAUUAUUGCUCGCUGCUGCUGCUGGGGCCGGCCAUCAAGGUAUCAUCUCCGAGGGUCAGAAGAAGUUUGCAGCUUGGAAGGCCGGAGACGAAAAAGCAAUCCACCAAAAUCUUCGAGGCGUUGUAUUCAAUCUCGUGGUUGCCAACGGUGGACAAGAAGAGUACGACACCGUCAAAGCAGAGUUCUUGAAGACUACAUCUGUGGAUGGCAAGGAGAUUGCCAUCACUGCGCUCGGCCGGUCAAAGAGCUACGAAUGCGCUCUCGAGCUGCUCAAUUUUGUCACAUCAGACGCGGUCCCCCCUCAAGACGCACAUAGUGGCAUCAUCUCAGUGGCAAACAACAACGAGACGAGGAAUGCAGCGUGGGAUUUCACCAAGAAUGAGUGGUCCCGGGUUGAGAAGCGCUUGGCUGUGACUAGUGUUGUCAUUGAUCGAUGGAUCAAGAAUGGUCUCACUCAUUACUCCGACACGGCCAUCAGAGACGACAUCUUGUCGUUCUUCAAGGAUAAGAACACCGGGCCUUUCAACCGAAGUUUGGUCAUCAUUUCUGACACCAUCACCGGGAAUGCCAGCUACAAGCAACGGGACGAAGCACAGAUCCUCGAGUGGCUAAAGGCGAGAGGGUACGCGUAAAUGGAAAAGAGAAAAUAGAAGAGUUGCAUUUCAGCAUCCCUGCCAAAAGCAUUCUCUGCUCCUAUGAUCUGUAAUCUCUGUCAUUCACACAUGUCCUCUCGAGACUUUGUCGUUCCUCCCCGUGACCGACUAUAGAUCCCCAGAAAGCCCGACUAUAUAUCCCCAGAAAGCCCUUCAAUUUUCAGCGUCUCUGUACCUAUAGAGCUGGUGCCCAGCACAGACAUCAACUGUAGACUGAUUGAAUUUGAUAUGUAUGGUCCGCACCCAGGCAACGUAAGAGCCAGUUGUGGCCUGAGUGAAUCGGAGAGAGUUAUAAGAUGCUUCAGUCACGAAGGCUGUGUCUUC